UGGCUUACUCUGAGGUUAUCACCCUUAUGGAAGGCUUGGCUGACACUCUCCAGAUGCUUGUCAAAAGGUCUUCAAGUGGGACAAAUGAGACUCUCGGUCCUGAAACAGAAAACAGAGACAGCUAUAACAUUAAAAAUAACGAAUAUAAAGAAAGCACCACUCUGCAAAUCAGGACAGCCAUACAAAGGCCCCACAUGGAAGUGCAGGUCACAGGGGCAACCAAGGAAAUGUUCCAAAUUGAGCAGCAAAGUGCUGUGGUGGACCCUUCCAUGGCAAAGCAAGAAAGAGAAAUAGCACAUUAUCAUAAGAUCCCUCCCAAAGUGAUAGAAGCCCCCAAAGCACACUUGAUCAGUGUGCCGGCUUUCUCUGGAGAAAGGGCAGUUCCUACAGUGGAGCUGCAGUUGUCCCUCUCGCAUGACAGGCACAAAGACAGCAGUGUUCCUAGCCUGAAUGUUCUGGGAGCUGAAAAGUACAAGUCUUCAGAAACAGGAUCCAAUCUACAGCAACAUGGGAGUCGCUUGGUGACUUCAGCUCCCGCUGCUGAAAAGGACCCAUCUGUCCAGUACUCGAGCCGAACAUUCCAGAUUGCUCCUUGCAAAGAGGUCAAAGCAGCCUCAGAAGCUGAGACAAAGGAGCCACCUUUCACUAAGGUGGAAGUGAUCCUAGACUGUUCCGACAGGGAGAAGGAAGCCUCCAGGUCUCUGACUGAAAAGGGGUGUGUAAAUUCUCAAGUGGAAGGAGGGCAGUCCGAAGCACCUCCUUCUGUGGUCUCCUUUGGAAUCUCAUCCGAAGGCACAGAGCAGGGAGAAGACGACCAGCACUCUGAAAGGGAACAUAGCAGACCUCACAAACACAGGGCAAGGCACGCCAGGCUCAGACGAAGCGAGAGCCUGUCAGAAAAGCAGGUGAAAGAAGCCAAGUCUAAAUGUAAGAGCAUUGCCCUAUUACUGACGGCAGCUCCCAAUCCCAACUCCAAGGGGGUGUUGAUGUUCAAGAAGCGUCGCCAAAGGGCCAGGAAAUAUACUUUGGUAAGCUACGGCACUGGAGAACUAGAGCGGUACGAGGACGAGGGUGACGAAUUUGAGGGUGAAGAAGAAAGUGAAAAAGAUAACACCUUUGAAGUAACCUUACUUGGCACAAGUGAGUCAGAAAUCGAUGAAGAUUUAUUCUCUGACCUUGACAAAGAAGACCGGAUUGUGACAUUUGACUGGGACUCCGGUCUCCUUGAGGUUGAGAAGAAACCAAAAAGUGUGGACGAGAUGCAGAUGCUUCCAGAGAGCAAAGGCAAAGGGGCACUCAUGUUUGCCAAAAGGCGGCAAAGGGUAGAUCAGGUAACAGCUGAGCAAGAAGCAAUAAAGAUGCAGGUGGUGCAUAGUACUGAGGGGCACCGAGAGACUACCACAACAGAGAACACCUCCAAAAUUAGCUCCUCCUUAUACCAGGUGAAACGGGAAGAAGCUUCGAGAAAGCAGAGCCAUGUGAGCAAGAGCUACAUAGAGGUGAGCCGCAGUCCUAGCACUACAAUACAACAAAAUGGCAUCGGAGGAGCCCCUGAGGCAAACCUGUCAUAUCAAUCUUCUGAAAGCCUUAAAUCGGCAAGCUUAAACAGAACAGCCAAGCCUUUCCCAAAUAUACAGAACAAAGCAGCGGCACCAUUUUCACCCACCAGGAGCAUGACCAGCCCUCUCUCAGAUCUUCCUGCACCAGCUCCCUACACUUCAGCCAGCCCACCACCUGAAGCCCUAUAUAGAACUGCUUUGACUCCAGUUGCCAACACAGCUCAGCCAGCUUUAUGGUCUCCAACAGAAUCAACAGAACAGAUUGCAUCCAGGGAUGAAAGGAUCGCGGUGCCUGCCAAAAGAACUGGAAUCUUGCAGGAAGCAAAAAGAAGAAACACGGCAAAGCCUAUGUUUACUUUCAAAGAUACUCCCAAAUUGAGUCCUAAUCCCGCCCUUUUGUCCCUGGUGCAGAAUUCAGAAGGCAAGAAAGGUACAGCCACGGGCUUCGAAUCAGGUCCGGAAGAAGACUACCUCAGUUUGGGAGCAGAGGCCUGCAAUUUCAUGCAAAUCCAGGCAGCCAAACAGAAAGUUCCUCCUCCAGUUGCUCCAAAACCCUCACUAAAGGUUUCUCCUACUGACACAACACCCAUUUCACCAGUCUGGUCACCUCCAGCUGUUGCUGUUGCCCAGCCACCUGCUUUUCCAGUGCCAAGAUCACCUGAAGUGGCGAGUCCAGCCCCUGUCAAAACAGCACAACCUGCUUAUCCCCCUCCGCAGCCCCCAAGUACUCUUAACCUGGCUGGGCCUUUGAAAGGGCCUCAAAUAGCUGCAUCACACCAAAACUAUACACCAAAAAUGACACCCACCACACCACUAGGAAAUGCUGUCCUUGCUGGAGGAGUGGGGCCAGCUUUUGAGAUGCCACAGGCUUUGAGUGGGAAGGGAGCAAAACUAUUUGCCAAAAGACAAUCACGGAUGGAAAAGUACAUAGUGGACUCAGAAACUGUGCAGGCCCAUAUGGCCAGGGCAUCAUCACCCACCCCAUCUUUACCAUCUUCCUGGAAAUAUUCAUCUAAUGUCCGAGCACCACCGCCUGUGGCUUAUAACCCCAUCCAAUCCCCAUCUUAUCCUCUUGCUGCUACCAAACCACAAUCAAAGUCAGCCAGUGUUGCCAAGACUACCAAGAAGAAACCCAAGAAAGCACUCAGUGCUUUGGAGGUUAUGAAGCAUCAGCCAUACCAGCUUAAUGCAUCCUUAUUUACUUUUCAACCUCCCUCUGAUAAAAAGGAAGGCUUAGUUCCUAAGCAACCUGCAAAGUUUGACUCAGUGCCUGCUUCAAAACAAGAGUUACCUUCGAGAUCAUUUAACGCUGGUUCUCCAGCUAAUGUCAGAGCAUCUUCAGUGUACUCUGUUCCAGCCUACAGUUCACAGCCUUUCUUUCAGUCAAAUGCCUCUAGCCCUGUAAUUGAGUCCUGUGAGUCAACAGGCUACCCUACUUUUCUGAAGCAAGAACCAGCUGUAUCUUCUUCAUGUACUACUCCAAGGCCAAAGUUUUCAGCCAAGAAAGUCGGUGUUACAGCACAGAACGGAGAACGGUCCUUAUCACUCCCUGGAUGGCCACCUUCAGCCACUUUGCAAUCCACGUCCCCUGCUUCUCCUGUGACGUUCCAGUCGGCUACGGAUUAUUUUGGCAAACCACCUCCAGCAGUUGACAAGCCUGGGAAGAGGCUGACUCCUUGGGAAGCAGCCGCUAAAUCCCCUCUUGGCCUUGUGGAUGAUGCCUUUGGCCCUCAGACCAUCCAAGAAUCGAUUGUGGCAAAUGUUGUUUCAGCUGCUCGCAGGAAAACACUGCCAGCACCUCCAGAUGACUGGAAACAAAAAGUUGCUUAUCAGCCUCCUGCCCCAAGUGCCCAUGCUAAAUUAGCUGCAUUUGGAAGAAGCCAUCCAGCAGCCAUAUCCCCUGCAAAGAGCACAAUAUCUGCACCUAGCUCCACCAUGCGUUGUGGCUCUCCUCUUCAGUAUGCCUAUUAUGGCCAACGAGCCCGAACUGAUCCUGACAUGGUCUCCAUGGAUUCCAGGUCUGAUUACUGUCUGUCAGUAGUUGAUUCCAACUAUAAUCCAUAUCCAAAGGGAUGGAAGCGCCAAACAUGA